AUAUUAUAAUUAUAAGCUAGAUAACUUCUACAUUAAAGAUGAAACUUCUCACAAUUGACAAAAGGGAUAAGAAUAAAAUUAUAACACUAAAUUAUAAUCCCUCUCUCUCUCUCUCUCUCUCUCUCUCUCUCUCUAAGCAAAGGGCACGUGGGAGUGAAAAGGGUUGAGGCGUUUGACAAGUGGGUAAGCGAAAUCUACAGCGGCCCAUGCCAACUGCCAUGUGUACAAACAUCUUUCCUUUACGUUCUGCUCUUUCCAUCCCCAAAACGCGCCAAAGGUAAAUAUAUAUAAAUAUAUAUAUAUAUAAAUAUAUUUAUAUCUAUAAAUCUAUGGAACUGAUGGAAGAAGGAGAUACGUGCGUUGUAUAUGCAUGGAUGCCCCUGGGUUCGGCGCAUCUCAUCUCGUAUCUCCAAGGUGCAUGCACGCUGCCGCCUUCCUGUCACCACAUACCCCUCCCCACGCCAUACACUAUUGAUCAAACAGGUCGAUCCAUUAUAUGUGCAUUCAUUUUUUAAUUGGUAAUUAAUUAAAUUGGCGGGGUGGAGGCGGUAGCGGUGGCUGCAGCAGAGGGCCGCGCCGCCCUGGACUUCCCUCGAACCUUCUUUAUGUUUUACCCACGAAGCGCGUAGCUGGGUCUGGCCGACUAGGUUGCUGUUUCAGACUUCCAAAGUGGAACGUACUCCCCUAUUGACUUUGAAUUAGUCUUUUUCUUUCCUUUCCUUUUCCAUUUUACAGCAACAGUAUAUUAAUUAUAUAUAUAUAUAUAUGUAAAAUCUUAAAUCUUAAAUAUAAUUCUCCUAAAUAGUUAGUUGAUCAGUCCUGACUGUCUUUCCCCAAAUGCACCGAAAGUCGCAUCAACCCCCCCCCCCCCCCACGUCACCAGUGACCUUGUCUGUGUGUGUGAGAGAGAGAGAAAAGAAGUACCACUACUCUUCCACUUACUUGGUAUACCCUACUUCAAUUCUUUGGUUCUUCCCCAUCUCUCUCUCUCUCUCUCUCUCUCUCUCUCUCUCUCUCAUAUAUGCCUACCCCCACUUUGACUCACCCCCCUCCCUCUCCCCUUCAACUUGGCACUCUAUUAUAACAAAAAUAAAACAAAUAAAUAAAAUACCAAGAAAGAAUAUUCAACGCCCAACCAAAAACCUCUACGUACGACCCCCCUACCCCCUUCUCUUCCUCCAAGCUCUUUCCUAUCACCCUCAGUACACGCCCUCACUUUCCUUCUACUUGUCACGCAACUUCCCACCUCCACCUCCACCCACCCUCCUCCCUUUUAUAAGCACAACCCCCUCACUCUCACUACUCCCCAUCUUCACAAUUAACACCUCUCUCGCUCUCUCUCUCUGAUCAUCAACUAUCUUCAGUUCUUGAGUACGUAGAAUUAAAAGAAGAAGAAGAAUCAGAAAUGGCUCUGGAAGCUCUCAACUCUCCUACCGCAACAGCCCCUUCUUUCCACUACGACGACGCCAACCUCCACUACUGCCUCCAAGAGCCAUGGGCCAAGCGCAAGCGCUCCAAGCGCCCCCAACCUCCCCCCACCGAGGAGGAGUACCUUGCCCUCUGCCUCAUCAUGCUAGCUCGUGGCAGCGCUGCUUCCUCCGUCCCCGCCCCCGCUACUCCCGUCGAAUCCCAACGCAAUACAUCCCCUCCGAAGCUCGCGUACAAGUGUUCUGUCUGCCAUAAGGCCUUCGCCUCCUACCAGGCUCUCGGCGGACACAAGGCCAGCCACCGCAAACUAGCCGCCCUCGACGACCAAUCCACCUCCACCGCCACCACCACCACCGCCAACUCCGCCGGCUCCCUCAGGACCCACGAGUGCUCCAUCUGCCACAAGUCCUUCCCCACCGGUCAAGCCCUCGGCGGUCACAAGCGCUGCCACUACGAAGGCGUCGUUGGCGGCGGAACCACAGCCACGGCCGCCACCAGGUCCGGCGUCACCUCCUCCGAAGACGUCGGCUCCUCCAACAGCCACCGCAACUUCGACCUCAACCUCCCCGCCUUCCCAGACUUCUGGCCGAGAACCCACUUCUCCGGUGACGAUGAAGUCGAGAGCCCCCUGCCCACCAAGAAGCCCCGCCUCGUGCUUUCGGCGGCGCCGAAAAUCGAGACAUCUCAAUAACAAUAUCAACAUAUCAUCUUAAUUAGGAAUUUGUCGGACUUUUAGGAAAAAUAUAAUUGAGAUUUGAGACUUGCGAUCUCAUCUCUCGUUCUUUAUUAUUAUUUUUUUAAUUUCCUUUUUUUUUUUUGAUUUCUUGGUUCUGUAAAUACAAAUUCAGAACUCUUUUUUCUCAGAUGUGAUGAUAUUAUUUUAAUUAUAUUCGAUUCAAUAUAUUCGAUUGAAUUUCAUAA